AAGGAGGUAACUGAGGGAAGGGAGAGAGCAGGAAGAAGAGAGAGAGAGAGAGAGAGGGAGAGAGAGCAAGCGGGAGAGAAGGGGGGAGACGGAGGAGGAGAAACAGGAGAAGGCAACAGUAACACCAGGAGCUGAAGACGAAUAAAUAAAGGAGGAGAGUUUGGUCCCCGUCUGGUUCUUCUCAGCGAGUCACAGCUGCUGGCAUUCAAAAAGGAUCAAUUACAGCCAGCAGCAUGGAUGGAAACAGAUCAGCAGGAUAUCCCAGCAAUGCCUCGUCUGGCCCACUUCCUGCCUACACAAUACCCUUCGAGGCAGCCCAGCAGAACGUGGAGUCCGAUGGUGUGUCGACUCAAAAACACCAGAGACCAGGAGAGAGUCUGAACAGUCCGCAGUCCAUCCACAGGACCAAGGAGGAACCAGAACAACAACACACAAAUCCUCUGGCUGAAAAAACAAAACCUGCUGCAGCGCCGAAUAUAUCAUUUAAAACUGAACCGGGACAACUAAAACCCGAGUCCUUUCCCACAGAGCUAGCAGGUCAAGAUAAUAGUUCUGUUACAGAAACAGAGCAAACUGUAAUAAAACUAGGUCAUCAACCUAAUCCAAAUUAUCCAAUCAAAUUAGACCCUGAUCCCACAGAGCAACCAGAUCCAAGGGUAGAGAAGCUGAAAGCCAAAGGACAUCAACCAGAACCAGAUCAAACUUCUACAACCAAACUAGAGCAAAAGAAGGCAAAACUUGAACAAGCACCACGUUUAUCUGAGAAUCACCAAACCCAGGAGAGCCCAACUCAGCCCACGGCUCAGAAUCGGUUCAGUGCGACCACAGCUGUACAACAUCAGGGCCAAGGUCCCUCUUCCCACCCGACCACUCGGCUCGCUUCUCCUUCUGCUGCGACGGCUCUGGCUUCAGUCGUCUGUCCGUCCACAGGGGUUCUGCCAGGUCCACCUCUCACCAUCGAGGUGUUCUGUGACCAGAACAUGUGCCCCCCCCCUCCAGGUUCUUCUCUGGGAGAGCCCAAACUGUGCGGUUUCUUGCAGAAGCAGGGGGGACCCCUGAAGGCCUGGAAGCAGCGCUGGUUCACAUACGAGGAGAAUAAGAACCAGCUGUUUUAUUACCGCACGCCGCAGGACGUGACACCUCUCGGGUGGGUGGACCUCACCAGCGCCACCUUCACCUUUCCACUGAGGGCUGAGAGCGGCACCUUCCACAUCAAGACUCCAGAGCGCACCUUUAUACUCAAGGCGGUGACCCAGGAGCUGAUGCUGUACUGGCUGCAGCAGCUGCAGGUGAGACGCUGGCAGCACCGACUGGUACCCACCUGCCCAGACACAAUGAACCACAGCACAGCAGACAAUUUCUUGCCGGUUCUGAAGAGUCCUCUGGGCCUGGUCGGGGAGGGAGCAGCCACAGUGCCAUCAACACAAAUGCUGUUUGCCAACAUGUCGCUCAAGCAUCCGCUCAUAGAGCUGCAAAACUCUCUGCACAGCCUCAGGAGGUUUUCUCAGGAGGGUCAGAGCGUGUUUCACGUUGACGCGCCAACGUGGAUUUCCCUGAACUCUGGAAACGCCAACAACAUGGCUGCAUCCAGCACUCCUCCAGAGCCCCUGGGCACACCCACUUCUCUUCCAUUGGCCGAUCCAGCAGCUCAGGUGUCUGCAGCAGGUGGAGAGUCUCCGUUGCUGUUUGACAAUCAGAGCAGGAAAUCAAAGCUGCGCAGCUCGUUCACCAUGCCAACUCUCCGGGAAGACUCUCAGUCCUCCCGCCUCCAACAGGAGAAACGGAUGCUAAUGGAGGAUGUCAAAGCUCAGAAGAAGCUGGUGUGGAUCCUCCACAAAGCCCUCGAAGCAGCUCAGCUGGAGAAGAGAACCUGUGCUGAGUUUUUGGCAGAGAAGGGGGAGCAGGAGCGUCUGGAGCUGCUGCGGCACCGCGAGCGUCAAGUGGCCAACCUGCAAGGCCAGCUGGAGGAGAGCAGGAUGGAGACGGAGACCCUGAGGAGCAGUCUGACCCAGAGAGAUGGACACAUUGUGGAGCUGCAGGAAAACAUCCAGCUGCUAAUGGAGAAAAACAAGGCCAAGCGGGAGGUCAUCAUCAAACUGUCUGAUCAGCUAUCUGCCUGCCUGUCCGACCCGCAACGGUGUGGUUCCUCCUCCAGCAGAGCUCUGGACCCUCAGACCUUCAGACAGCUCCAGCGGGAGGCUGAGAACCUAAAGGAUGACAUAGAGGCGUAUAAAACCCAAAACAAGUUUCUGAAUUCUGAGAUCCACCAGCUGACCAGACUGUGGAGGAGCAGCUCAGAGCAGGAGAAGAGUCUGAUGGAGAAGUGUGCCUACCUGGAGGCUGCUAACUGUCAGGCAGAGAGCAGAUACCUGAGCAUUCUGCGGAAGCUGCAGGAAGCCAAAACUCUGGAUCCGGUUCAGCAGUUAACUGUCCAGAAGAUCAUCAAGGAUGCCCUGAAGGGAGAGCUGAAGAGCGCCGUGAAGUUCAGCCCGUCCAGCGGUCAUGAUGAGUAUGGCUUUAAAAUCAUCCCAGACUACGAGGUGGAGGAUAUGAAGCUGCUUGCAAAGAUCCAGGCUCUGGAGAUCCGCUCCCACAACCUGCUGCACCAGGAUGGGGUAGAGCGCCCCCUGCUGAGUCGCUGGGCUCAGUACCUGGCCGGCAGGUCCGACGACGACCUGUGUGCCUCACCGGAGCUCAAAGCCCUGCUGCGUGGUGGUGUCCCACAGGAGUACCGACAGAGACUGUGGCGCUGGAUGGUCAGAGCCAGAACCAGGACAAGCCGGGAGCGCCACCCGCUACGGUACCAGCAGCUGUGUGACAAGAGUCACACGUCCCCUCAUUCGGCCUCCAGGCAGAUCGAACUAGACCUGCACCGCACCCUGACCACCAAUCAGCACUUUUCGUCUCCCUCCAGCCCCGCCCUGCAGCAGCUGCGGCGCGUCCUACUGGCCUUCUCCUGGCAGAGCCCCGCUAUCGGCUACUGCCAAGGACUCAACAGGUUGGCGGCCAUCGCUCUGCUCAUUCUCCAGAGCGAAGAGGAUGCCUUCUGGUGUCUGGUGGCCGUGGUCGAGACCAUCAUGCCUCAGGACUACUACACCAAGAGCCUGGUGGCCUCUCAGGUGGACCAGCAGGUUCUGAAGGACUUCCUGACUGAGAAGCUGCCUCGGCUUGCUGCUCACUUCGAGGAUCACAACAUUGAUGUGUCCCUGAUCACCUUCAACUGGUUCCUGGUGGUGUUUGUGGAGAGUCUGCCUAGCGACAUCCUGCUGCCACUGUGGGAUGCCUUCCUGUACGAGGGAACAAAGGUGAUCUUCAGGUAUGCUCUGGCUCUCUUCAAAUACAAAGAGGACGACUUCCUCAAGAUCCACGACAGUGUGGAGAUUUACCACUACCUACGCUUCUUUACCAAGACUGUGUCCGACAGCAGGAAACUGACCAACAUUGCCUUCUACGACAUGAACCCGUUCCCCGGGCGCCUGCUGAAGAACCGGCGAGCGCUUCACCUGGAGCGGCUGCAACGGGAUCUGCGAGAGCUUGAGGAGCAGCAGAAAGAGUUCAUGACAGAAAGCUCCCAACGUAAGGACAAAGAACUGGACGGCUUGGUGAGCGAAGACGACGACGAAAUCUGAAGCUGAACCCAGAGCCUCCAAUUCAAGCGUCAGGCAGAAUCCAGACAACAUUUAACAGUUUAAUGCUAGUGUCUGUUGAUGACUUUUACUUCUACUGCAGUAGGUACAAGGACCAGAGACAGACCGUGUCACAGCAGCUGAUUUUUGACUUUUCGACUUUACUGUAGGUCUGGUUUAGUGGUCGCUGUGUUUUCAUUGUGGUACAGUAUUUCUUCUCUCUCCUCUGAUCAUGUAACUACACCAACACUACAUUAAAACCAAGUGAACCUCUGAACCUGUUUGACCAAAUUAAAGGUUCUGACCUGCAGAACCAGCAGACUGAGCCCGUA